CCUGCCCUCAUGGCCCAGGCCGAGCCCGAGGCGGUGUCGCUGCUGCGGGAAGUGGAGGGCUGGGACUCCGAGCUGUGCCGCCGCCAGCUUCCCGCCGCCCUGCCGCGCCUCCUGUCCAUGUAUCAGAUUUCUGACAACUGGAAUGAGCAUAUUUGUAUCCUUAGAAUCCUAGCCGGACGGUUUCUGUCCCACAUUAAUCUUUCUGAGUUAGAGCAAGUAUUUUUCUCCAAAGUAUUACCCAAGGCAGUACAAUUGUUUGAUCUUUUGAUAUAUGAAUUAUCCAAUCAGGCAAAAGGAUUAACAAGCGAGAAUGCAGAAUUGCACACGAAACUGAGGAGUCACUUGAAGACUCUUGUGCAGCUGAUGGAAGUAUUAAGAGGAUGUGUGCAACAUAUCUGUACCAUGCAGGAGACUGUGCCGCUAGACCAUAUCCACAGUCUUCCCUCUUCAGUUCUUCAUGUGAUCAAGAACACAUUUAUAUACUGCAGGGACAGUGAAUCAUUGUACAGUGAACAUCUCCAUUUGUUUACUGACUUACUCCAGUCAUUGUUUAAGGAAGCCUACACUUUACAAAAGCAGCUUAUGGAGAUGCUUGAUAUGGUAUCUGUGGAUUCCUGUGCUGCUGGAGACAGUACAGCAAUUAUAGUUUCAGUGAUUCACGCUGUGUUAGAGAUCUGCUCUGCUAUUUACAGUAUAGAUCAUGCCCUUCAUGCAAACACAUGGAAAUUUUUAAUCAGGCAAAGCAUGAAACACAAAUCACUGAUAAAGAACAGCUUGAAACAUACUGCUGUCCUCAGUGGCCUUUGUGAGAGCAUCCUGUAUUCCUUCCAGUCUUGUUUGCUGUUGGCUGAGCAGAUGAAACAGUCUGGGAAGCAGGAGAACAUCGAUUAUAAGGUGUUUCAGAGGACAAUCAAGCUGUGUAAGUUCUUUGCCAUUUCCCUGGUGCACUACACCAAGGAAUUCACUCCUUUCUUAGCGGAUUCUUGCUGUCAGUUACAUCAGACAUAUCUUCAAAUAUACAGUAAGUUUCCUCCAAGUCUUUAUGCUGCAGGGAUUUCUGAAGCUCAUCAGGAUGAAAUUGCAAAAGGAUUCCUAGUGGCACUGGAUCCUCUUCUCCUCAGCUUGCUUGCCUUCAGGCCUUUUGUGGAAGCAGUGCUAAGUAAAGUUUUAGCUCUCUCUCCUGAACUGCACUUUGCCCAAUGCCGUCUCCUGAUUUCUGUAAUGGACGCGUUGCCAUCCCAGCCCCAGGAGGUGCAAGCACUUUGGAACACAGGAAAUCAUUUCCCAGAAGACCUUCCCAGGGUCCCCUUGUUUACUGCCCUCUUCCUCAGUCUACAGCAGUGCUCUGGAGAGCUUUCCUUUCCCGUUUUUUUGCCAGGAGUGGUGGCAACUGGACAAGCAGAGGGUUCUAUCACUUUGUACCACUAUGUCUGUAUCCACUUGUGUGCCUUUAUCACAUCCCUCUCUGUGUCACAUUUCCCUCUACUGGAACGGUCGCUGCUGGAAACUGUACUUGGUUCUAACAUGAUCACUGUUCUCCUAGCUAUGGACGUAUGGUGCUUCCUGGCCCGAUACGGAACGGCAGAUCUGUGUGCUCAUCAUGCAUUUACAAUAGCCAGUUUGAUAAGAGCGUGUCCUGCUGAACAUUACCAGGUCUCUCUCCUGGGCAUCCUGUUGAGACGCCUGCUAUUUCUGAUGGCUCCAGAUCACCAGGUGGAGUUCAUCCAAAGAUUUCCUCCCAAAGAAAGGGAGAAUCUGGUCUUGUGGCAGCAUCUUUCUCUCCAGGCCCUGACGGUUCCGCUGAGGAAGCAAGUUGCUGAUGAGGUUUUCACGGCAGGGCUUGCACAAUGUGAAAUGUGGCUGAGCAGCAAAAGGCCCCUGGAGGGGCUUCAGCUGGAGAAUGCUGCUCUCGCUGCCUUGUUGUCCGUGUGCCAGACUUCUGGAGAGACUCUGGAGGUGGGACAGCAGACGGCGUUUGUCAGAGCUGCUGGUCAGGUUUUGGCGGUUGCAAAUGUCACACAGGUCUCCAGUCAGCGCUGUCUGCAACAGGCCUUUAGCUUGAUGUUUCGACUUUUGGAGCAUUGCACCCAAAUACUAGAGUCUCAACUGCUCAUGCAGAUAUUGACAUUGCAGAAUUCUCUCCUCCAACUGAAUCCUCCCGACCACGUUCUCCUCGCAGUCUUAGAUUUCCUCUCUUCAAUGGGCAAAUUAUUUAUCCAACCAGAUUGCCAGGUACAGGUUCUGUCCAAGUUGUCCUGUCUGUUUGCUUCUUUGCUUGCCAGCAAUACUUGGCUGAUUCAUCAGCAUGCCCUAGAAGCCUUCACUCACUUUGCAGAGGAAACAAGCCAUGAAGACGUAAUUCCCCAGUGCCUCAGCUCUGAAGAAACUAAAAGCAAAGUUGUUUGCUUCCUAUCAAAGGGCUACCGUGCAGAGGAGACAGUAGAAGCCAGAGCAGAACGAAUGAGAGAGGAAAAUGCUCUUUUCAGUCACAUCUUGGUAGAGCCUAGAGCAGAGAGACAAAGAACUGCGAUAUUAGAGUCCUCCCCGAAAAGAACAUGCUACUCUCCCGAUGAGGGGCAAUACCAGUCUGCAAUGGACAGUGCAGCAGGGGCACUGGAGGCUGUGAAGCUACUGCUGCAGAAGGGCCCACCCCCAUCAUGGCUUGCCAAAAAACUGGAAGCAUUGCAGACAGCACUGAACAGCCUGAAGGACAGCGCAUGCUGAUCACUGUUACGCUUCCAGCUGUGGAUUCUUUGGGUACUUAUGGUUAGCAGCAGCUGCCUUUCACGGCUUAGCUUGUUUCGUACAUGUCACUGCAGCCUGUUAGCUGGAAGAUACUCACUGUGAACUAAAAUACUUGCCACUUUCUCACACUGCGGCCUGCCACCUGGAAGACUUUUGUAUGCAUAAUGUAGUUUAAAAUGUUUAUAAAUGUUGGGCUGCAGAGUAGCAUUCUUUCAAAAGAAUCUGGAAACAGAAACUUCAGCGAAGGCACACUGGUGAGGAAAAUCUGUCCUGUAAGAACAAAAUGGACUUUCCGUUGUUCUAUGUUACAAACCCCCACCCUGAAGUCCAUUUGCCACAAGAUCCUUGGAAAAAUGUAUCAUAGCAUCUUGAAUGUCUAAACAAGAGCGCUUUGAGGCUUAAUUUUCUAAUUAAACAGAUGGUACAAACACA